CCUCCAUCCAUCGUCUCCCCCCUCCCUAUAUAUACAUGCACGCAUGCACCUCCCACUCCCCCACCACCACCAACUCCAUCCUCUUCCAUCUCACUACAACAUCAUCAGCUGAAGCAAGAGGGCCGCCGGCGGCCGGAACACACGCACCUACGCACACAAGGAGCUUAACAAUGGAGGUGGUGGUGCUGGACAACGACGUUGCGGGGGUGGCGGCAGGAGGACAGUACCGUGGCGUGAGGAAGAGGAAGUGGGGGAAGUGGGUGUCGGAGAUCAGAGAGCCCGGCAAGAAGACGCGCAUCUGGCUGGGCAGCUUCGAGUCCCCGGAGAUGGCGGCGGUGGCGCACGACGUGGCCGCGCUGCGCCUGCGCGGCCGCGAGGCCAGGCUCAACUUCCCGGGCCUCGUCCACCGCUUCCGCCGCCCGGCCACCGCCGAGCCCGACGACGUCCGCGCCGCCGCGCUCGAGGCCGCCGCCCAGGUCCGGUUCAGGCCCGACCUCGUCGUAAUGCAUCAUCGUCAUCAGGCCGCCGGCGACGGCGAGGUCGUCGGCUGCUGCUACGGCGGCGGUGGCAGCGGCAGCGGCAGCGACGCAGGCAGCCCGGAGCCGCUGGUCGGCGACGACGUGGCGUGGGACGCCUUGCUCGGGACCGACGAGCUGGCGGCAGAGGCAGAGUCGCCCAAGAUGUGGGCUGAGCUGGCCGAGGCCAUGCUCAUGGCCCCUCCUGUAUGGGAGGGCAGUAUGGCCGACAAUGACGAGUGGGCCCAGGGAAAUCUCUGGGACCUACCUGUCUGGAACUGCUAAUCCUGGGGCCCCACCGGCAGAUGCACCUUCACAUCCUUUUGGUUUUUAGAGGUGUGAUGAAAUACACUACUCAGUAAUAGUAGAAUGUAUCAAUUAAUUAAUAAUCUUCUUCCCAAACCACUGUAUAGGUCAGUGAGAUUACUCUAGAGAUUCGAGCAUAAACAUGGUUAAGAAUGUUCUGAUGGUCCCGUCAGUCAGUGUGCAAAGUUGGUAGUUAGCAAAGAAGGUCGUCUAGCUAGCUAGCUAGCACGUGCAAUUCACGUGGGUAAAAACACAACAAGCAUGAUGUAAUUCUUUCUGUUCCCUCUCAUGGAUAUGACAAGUUCAAAUAAUGCAAUUGGAAAAGAAUAUAUGUUUGCAUAAGUAA